AUGUAUCCGAACAAAAUUUUGCUGAUUCCUUUGAUCGGUAGGUGGAAAAUGCAAAACUUUUCUCUUUACAUUGAAGCAUACAUCACUAGUCGCUUUAAUUAGCAUUUUUUCAGGCAUCAUUCUACUUGUGGUCUAUAUUUCGGUUCCCUGGACUUCUUCCUCAAUUCCUCUCAGCAUAACGCAGCAUGAACUGUGGCCUUUUGCUCUAGAGCGAGCAUGGUCGUCCGUCUUCCGGUAUGAACGACCAUUGGAUCCAUUUCUGGCUAAUCUAAUGGAAAGCGGGCUGUUGAAAUUGAAAGAUCAUCAAGUGGAAUAUCAGAUGACCAGGCCGAGCAAGGAGAAUGUUUGCGAUGGAGUGGAUGCGGUCGUUUAUAUCAUGACUAUGUUGACUACGGACGACACGGAACGUCGGAAAGUGAUGAGAAAGUUGUUAUUCGACAAGGCAAGGAUUUGUGACAUUUCGUUCAAAAUUUGUGACAUUUCGUCCAAAAUUUGUGACAUUUUGUUUUUUCCGUAUAAAUUGAUGAUUUAUCAAGGGAAUAGGCUGUAAUUGCCACUGUUAGGUAGAGUGAGACCUGUUUUGUCUGUUUCUAACUAUAAGAAAAAAAUUGUAAGUUUUGGAGUUUGUUUUGGACAGAAAAUUUAUAUUAUCCAUGAUGGAUAAGAUGAUUUUUGUCUCAACUUAAUUCUACAGUAUUUUUUUUGGGUCAAUAUUGCAUAAUUUGGGUCUGACAUGUCUUAUCAACCAUUUGAGAAUUUUUUUUAUAAUAAUUGAAGUUUGUUUCAACCAACUAAAACAGUUCCGCACCGUGCAACGCAAAAAAGAUCCCUGCACCGUGCGUUUGGCCCUUAUUUGCCCUUAUUUUUAACGCAUUUCCAGGCAAAUCUCCCCUCCAACCACAAUGUUAUUCAUCGUUAUGUUGUGGGCAGAUACCCGGCGAACCGAACAUAUCAACAAAAUUUGAUCGACGAGAUGAAAGCGCAUGACGACAUUAUUUUUGUCAAUUACGAAGAAGUGUACGGCAAGAACUACAUCAAAUGGCAUGCAAUGCACGAAUGGCACAUGAAACACUGCCCGCAAGCCAAGACUUUCAUCAAAAUCGACGAUGAUACCGCGAUUUAUUUGAAGCGCACUUUCCAAUGGCUGGACCGCGAUUUUGGAGGGAUAAUUAAAAACACGACCGAGUAUUUUGUGUGCAACGCAUUUUCGACUGAUUCACCGCCCAUUAGAGAUGUCGACAGCAAAUGGUAGGUUUAUUUUGUUUGUCUUGGCAUUACAUUCGUGAGUAAUGUAAAUGUUAUGUUAGCCAUGAUAGAUAAGAUAAAUAUAGUUAUCAAAAUGGGAUUAUAGUUAGUUUAAUGGUUAAUUUACACUCUUCUAGCUGUAUUUUAUCAUUAUUUUGUGUUUUUGCCUGAUUUCGGCAGAUUAUUAUACCUUGCAACGGAAUGCCAAAAAAUGGCGGGAAUUUAAAAAUAAGAUUUUUCUUCACUCCGAAGCACUGGAAGAGAUCAUAAACUAGCUGGAAUUUCUAUUCAAUUCGCAGUUUGGGCGUGUAAGGAUGACCUACCGCCGUUUUGAAGAAUAUAGUAUAUUAUAUUAUACAUGAUGAAUAAUAUAAGUUUUGCUGUCUAGUUUGGAGUAUGAGGUCGUUCUAUAGAACAUAGAUUCUAGUUGAGUAUGUUUUGUUGUUAUUCCCCACAAUUUUAUGGAGUUUUGACUCGUUUAAACCACUUGCAACACAAUGCCAAGAAUUGCAGAAUUUCUAAAAUUUGAAUUUUUCACAACAUGAAAGGUUGCUAAAUGUAGAAAUUAGGAUAGAAAAAGCUUUUAGACCAUUAAAAAAAAUUUUUUUUCAGGUUUGUCUCCUACGAACAACUUGAUAAAAACUUUGUUCGAUACUGCUCUGGACCCGCUGUGAUUACAACGAAUGAAACUGUCGCCAAACUGAUAAAAACCCAGGAGAAAGUGAGGUUCGAGCCCGUUGAUGACGCCUUUUACACCGGUAUCGUGAGAGAAGAAGCCGGUGUUGGGCUCUAUGGAUUUCAUGGGAUUGACAAUCCAGGAAACGGAUGUUCAAAUGAUGGCCUCCCGUUCUACAUUUCCAAGCAUUGUAAUCGCGCAGAUAUGCAAAAAGACUUUUUUGCGAUUAAAAAUAGAACUUGUAAAGGAAAUAAAAGUUUAUAGCUGAGGUGUAAUGUAAUUUGUUGAUUUCAAAAAAUUGGUGUGAGAAUUUGUUGGAAUUUGAGGUUGAAUUCCGCUACUGGAGAUCUUGCAAACUUUCCUGGAGGCUACAGCAGCAGUUUAUUGCAGGGGUGGUCAGCGGACCCUAUUUUUCCGAUUUUCGGCCCGCGGCCCGGCCCGUCUAAUUACCGGCCCGGCCCGUCUAGUCUUUUUCCAGGCCCGGCCCGGCCGUUUUGUGGUUCUAUAAUUGAACUAUAGACUUGUAAACGUUUUAUAAUUUGAGAAACAGCAACUAUAACAACAUCAAUUAAUUUUCCCGGCGCGAAAACAAUGAAUGCCAACGGUUUGGCAUUGUAUUUUAGACGGGCCGGGCCGGAAAAAACCCCAGGCCCGCGGCCCGGCCCGGCCCGUGACGGGCCCGGCCCGUUUGUCAAUUUCCAUUUUUGAGGCCGGCCGGCCCGUUUGGGCCGGCCCGGGCCAGCCCGGCCCGCUGACCACCCCUGGUUUAUUGAUCUUUCAUUGA